AGCUCGCCGACUUUGACCCGGAAGCUCUUUUCACUGACCCGUGUGUUUUUCCUGCCUCACACGUGGGGUUUUCAGCACUGAGCAACAUGGCAGCGUGCAGUGUAGAGGAGUUGUUGGCUAAAGCUGAGGCGCAAGAGGCGGAAACGCUGAAAAGCAUAUCAGUCCAGAAAGAGCUGGACUUGGAGUUUGACAUCGGGAACCUGCUGGCGUGUGACAAAAACCGCAUCGAGCCUCGCGACCUCCGGGAGAAGAGCAAAGAGGACUUUCUGCGCGCUCUCGCUCGCGACAACACGCAGCUUCUCGUCAACGAAAUAUGGAAACAGCCCACGGAGAGGGUCGAGGAGGCGAUAGUGGCCAAACUGCCGGAGCCGUCGACCCGGCUGCCCAGAGAGAAGCUACCACCGAAACCCAGACCUCCAACAAAAUGGGAGCAGUUCGCCAAGCUGAAAGGCAUAAAGAAGAAGAAGAAGACCAACCUGGUGUGGGAUGAAACCGCAAAGGAGUGGAAGAGGCGCUGGGGCUACAAGAGGGCCGGCGAUGACACCAAAGAGUGGCUGAUCGAGGUGCCCGAGAGCGCAGACCCGAAUGAGGACCAGUUCGCCAAACGCGUCAAAGCCAAGAAGGAGAGGGUGGCCAAAAACGAGCUCAACAGGCUGAAAAACAUCGCCAGAUCGCAGAAAGUCAAGAUCCCUGCUGUAACCCUGACCCCCAAAGCCAGCCAGUCCAAAGACGAGCUGGCCAGAGCCGAGAGUGUGGCCAAAACCUCCACAGCAUCCUUGGGGAGGUUUCAGGACCGCCUGCCCAAGGAGAACCCAGCAAAGAAGGGCAAGAAGAGGAAAUUCGAGCCCCUCAUUGGCAACUUUUCUAAUGAAAAGCAGAAGCAGCUGGAGCUCCUGAAAGUUAUGGACACUAAGAAGCCCAAGUUGGACAUCACCAAAGCUGUGAAUAAACAGAUGAGGCAGGAGGACAGAGAGGAGGCUGCUGCAAAACACAAGAAGGCAGCAGGGAAGAAGGGACGUAAAGGCGGCAGCAUGGGUGGAAAGGCCAGAGGAAAAGGUGGGAAAGGAAAAGCAGCUGGAGGGGGAGGAGGGAAGAGAAGAGGCAAACCUGGGAAGCGCUGAGGACUCUGGUGUCUUCCUGUGUGUGGUUGUGUGUGUGCCUGCCUUGGCAUGAAAGUGUUGGACAUUCAUGAUGCAAUAUGAACAGAACGUGGUUUACCUGUGGCCCACGGGUGGGAUGCUCCCUCCAUCUAUGUAAACUAUGUUUACUGUACAUUUUGACUGCAGCAUCCAUGAUGAUUCUUUUCGAUGUAUGUGUAAUAUUCAUGAAAGAAUUUCACAAAUAUACUUUAAUAUUACAGCGAGUAGAACACGA